CCACAGGCAAGCAUAAAGACAGUCUGCAAAGUCGGCUUUUAGCAAAACCAUCCCGCAACAAAACAACUUCAAGCACUUCCUUCACGUCAGUGCUUCAGCCGACCAUGUUCACAGCCUUAACUCUGGCCGCCCUGAGCCUCAUGGUGUUGCCGUCUAACAUGUGUCCUCCAACCUGCGAAUGUCUCCACAACCUGACCAAAGUUGUGUGUCCGGAGAAAGGACUGAACCAGGUCCCUGAGCUGCCAGAAGGCACAGAGCAGCUGUAUGUCUCAUACAAUAAGAUCCAGGAAAUACCCAAGCAUGGGCUGGAGAGGCUAAAGGUCCUGGACCUGACUAAGAAUCAGCUGAAUGACUUCCUAUCCUUCAACCCAGUUUGGCCCAAUAUGACAAAGCUGUCUAAGCUCUUCCUCCGCAAAAAUGACCUGAGGUUGCUCCACCCUGGUCAGUUCCUAAACUGCCUUUCUCUCACCUUACUGGACCUGAGUGAGAACCAGAUUGAGUAUCUACCCAUUGGAUUCCUCCACGGAUUAUCUAAUCUGAAGACGCUGUUUGUGAACUUUAACCAGAUUCAAAUGUUACAGGUUGGUGCAUUGGAAGGAGCCUUCGCCCUCACUGACCUCCACCUUAGCCACAACAAUAUAACAAACAUAGAGGAAGGUGUGUUCAAGAACUCCACCGUGUUGGAGAACCUAGUUCUGUCCAGAAACAGAAUCACACGUGUGGGUGAAUCCAGCUUCACAGGACUGACAGGUCUCCAACAGCUUAACCUGAAUGGUAACAUGCUGGUCACUGUCCCAGCUGAGGCAUUGAGGGCUCUAAACAAGCUCAGGUAUCUGUUUCUACAGAGGAACAGCAUCAUCAGCCUUCCAGUGGAUUGCUUCUCCUCAUUGGGCCUAUUGGUGCAUCUAGACUUGAGCAACAACAAGCUGACCACUCUGUCUGAGGGAUCACUCAGAGGUCUGACCAUGCUGCUUGCACUGGACCUCAGUCUUAACCUCAUAGAUUCUCUUCCCCCAAAUGUCUUCAAUGACCUGAUCAGCCUUGAGUUACUUGAUUUAAACAGGAACAGGCUGGCAUCUCUUCCUCUGGAUGCAUUCAGUAACUUGAACAACCUGCAAGAGUUGCAGCUGGAAAGCAAUCAGAUCUCUGCCGUAACAGUUGGGGUUUUCGAUUCGUUGUCCAAACUCAACGACUUACAGCUGUCGAACAACAGCAUCCAGGAGCUCCGACCUGCUCUGUUCAACAAGCUUGAAUCACUGCAAAACCUGUAUCUGGAGUACAACGCUCUGAGGCACCUUCCCAAAGGUCUUUUCCACGAGAUGAAGGUCCUCACAAAGAUACACCUCAAUGACAACCAUAUCAAGUCUCUACAUCCCUCAGUCUUCCAUGGUCUGGUGCAAGUACAUUCGCUGAAACUCUCUCGCAACCAUCUCACCUCUCUACACCCCGAACAGUUCAGAGACAUUAUUGGUUUGAAAAAGUUAAAACUUGAUGGAAACCACAUAGGUAACCUUCCUGCAAAACUGUUUGUGAAUCUACUACAUCUCAAUACACUGGAUCUGGACUAUAAUCGUAUCUCAGAGCUGUCUCCUGAUGACUUCGUAGGGUUGACUAACCUGAAAGACCUCAGACUGAGCUUCAAUCAGCUCUGUGACAUCCCGUUUAACACUUUCUAUCCCCUACACAACCUCCACAAGCUUCAGCUGAAGAACAACAGCCUGGGUAGUUUACACCCUCAGCUCUUUGCCCGACUUCCAAAGCUAACAGAACUCAACUUGGAUGGAAACAAGUUGGAUCACCUGCAACCUGAUGUAUUUAGAGGACUCUUAAAACUUCAGAAACUGAGUUUAAAGUCCAACCAGCUUAGAGCAGUAGAGAAUGGGACUUUGGAGCCUUUAAGAAACCUUAGGGCUGUCUAUCUGUCAGGUAACAAAUGGGACUGCUCCUGUGCACAUAUUCUCUACAUCAGCAGCUGGGUCAACAUGCACGGAGACAAGCUCAGAGACCAGCCCGUUUGCUUCUUCUCUUCUUCUUCUUCCUCAGAGAAUACAACCCUUUCUCAGGCAGCUCUGUCUCCCCCGUUGUUACAAGAUCAUUGCCCAACAAGUGCCGCAAGUGGCUCAACCACUUUAUUUCCUCUAGAAAUGCUGAAUCUGCUCACAAUGUAUGUCAUAGCUGUCAACCCACUGUGACAUCCUUUGUGGGGAAUUCGUGCUCUCUACUCUGUACAGAAGCCCGAGAGGCAGGUGAGAAGUAAAGAAGUCUGGUGAUCCAUUUUCUAAGUCUGAUCUAAAUUCUUUUCUCUCCUGUGUUCAUAUUUAAAGAAAAGAUGCCAGGGCAAGCUUUCUAAGUUCCUUAAACAUUUUCUUAUUUGGGGAAAACUGUUUUGUCAGGAUCACAUUAAGUGUUUGAUGUUGUAAUAAUAAUUUCGGCCAGACGCUAAAGUGUACCACUAAA